AUGAAUCUAAAUUCGAGUACUCCUCCAAUUUUGAAUUUAAACACGCCAGCAACUCUUUAUGAUACUUUUGCUGGUUCUGGUAUUUCUUAUAUUUUGGUAGUAUUUGUAGGAAUUCGUUGGUUAAUUUCUAUUGUUGGGUGUAUAUUUAAUUUCUUGUUAUUUUGGAUAACAAUUAAAGACAAGUAUUUUUAUAAGCUAUUUGGACAAAUUACUAUAUCCCAUUCUAUAUUCAGAUCGCUAAACAGUAGUUGUAAUUAUCUAAUAGCAAUAGAUGCCCUAUUUACAGCUAUAUAUCAAACAAGUAAUUCAAUUUCAAUGUAUGUAGUCUUGACUGGAAUUAAUUUUAUUAAUUUGGAUAUUUGUUUUUAUUUACUGAUAUAUUGUAUUUUAUCAAAUACUAUGAGUUUAUGCUUAACUUUCUUUAUUGGAUUUGAUCGUCUCCUUUCUGUUUUAUUUCCAAUAACGUUAGUUGAUAAUAAUUUAACGAACUGGGCGGGUCUAAAUUUUUGA